CCAAUGACAAAAGACAUCAUGUGUCAUCGUCAUGUAUUAUUUUUGUCCAGAUCCCCAGACUCGUCGAAAGAAAAUUCGACUUUGAAGUUCUUCAAUUUUGUUUUGUAAAUUUCUCAUAAAACCAAAGUAAAAAUGCUUUCGUUUUUUAGUAAAAAAAAGCCCAGUCCAGAAACCCCACCUGGAGAAAUAACAAUGAAAGGUCCAUCCGAAGGCAAUGGAGAAGAAUUUAUAAUAGUUGAAAAUCAACAUCCAGGAGGACCUCCUCCGCCUUUUCACAAUCCUACACCCAUGAUGCCACUAUAUCCAUAUCCACCUACCAGUUUUGGUCUACCGCCGUCUAACAAUAAUCCAUCGAAUUCAAUGCAAAACAAUCCAGUUCCAUAUAUUAUGGGAAUACCUUUUAAUCUUUCUCCUCAAUUAUGCACUAAGACCAGUUUUGAAGUCACACAAAUGGAAGUCGAUGGCAUUCUUGCGCUCAUGACUAAGCAGAUGCAACUCGAGAGUGACUAUGAUUUUAAACUAGAACGAGGGAUUCUCAGCGAGGAGUGUUAUUAGAAUUUAAUUUUGAUUUUUAUGUUAAAUUUCUGCAUGAAGUAUCCUAUAGCAUGCCUAAGUGAAGAUAAUUAAAACUAAAUCAUAUAUUUUAACAAUGUAGGUAUUUCGUAUUCCUAUAAAUAUAAUGGAUUAUGUUUUGAGUGCGCAAUAAAAUAAAUAACUUUUAAAUUGUA